CUCGUCCAAUGUCUCCGUAGCUGUCCCGUCACUCGUCACCGCCAUUGGAGCUCUUUCGGCAUCGUCAUUGUCAACUCACUCCCGUCUCCCGUACAUCCCGUCUGGUCCUCUCCUCUUUCUCCUCUUCCACUCUCUCGUUUUGGAGUCGUACCAUAGCUCCAGGUUCUUCCUCCACGCCUUGGCUUUUCCAUCACAUCUCGCACCCCGCUGAGUAAAUACCCGGCACUUGAUCUGUCGUCAAUUCCACCACACUGCAUCAGGCUUACGGCUUGACUCCGUCACUCUUUUGAGAGGUAUUUGACACGGCGCUACGGAUACAUAGGUACUACAUUAUCAUACUGCGAAGCCCACCGACCCUCACCGCAUCUUGACAUUCCAUUUAUUUAUUAAACACUAUACCGCUCUACCCGACCCCCCCAUCCGUUACACAGCGCUCUUCAUCCCUUUGCUGCCAUCACUUGCCUCUCAAACUCGAGAUUCGUCUCCUUUCCUUGGCAUCCCAAGUUUCACCACUCAAAUACCAAACCUCUCAACCCCCCGGCACAAGACAUUUACACACGACACGCCCGUGCGAAAGGAGUCAACGCUGAAGCUCCUUCUUCUCCUUCUCUGCUCCCCCCCUUUCCACAGCACGCGCGCGACCCGUCUCGACCCGCCUUGCACACUCGUUUCUUCCCGUUUACGUUUGUGUCCAAACACAUUUUCUGGUCCUUCUCUCGUUUUCGCAAGGGCAGCAAUCAGCAUAAACAAGGCCCCAGUCGGUCCCAGCAAAACUACAACGGCAAUCGAGCAAGGGCACGAUAAUAGAGCCACCACCGACGCGCGACUCCCACUCGGUAUAUCCACUUCCAGCCACCUCGACUUCUUUUUGCCUCGUCCAACACCCGACUUGACCUUGCAGAAAUCCUUUGGCUACCUUACUUACGGAUACCUGGACUAAUACCCGGAGGCCCAAGGCUGCCGGCACUGCCUGCUUUAGUCGCAUCGCUUGUUCACCCGCCGCCGCCAUUUUCUACAAGUCUCUCGUUCUUCGGCAACUUUGCGUCCUUGCCCGUUCCGCCCACCGUCGUAUCGUUCCCCGGACGGACUUUUUGCACGGGAAUCUCUUUAAUGUGCGACUUUACGCGACCGCCAUCCUACUUACACCCACAACCACACGAUACGAAUUAAUAUCUUCGUCAUGACGACCAUGGCCCAGUCGCAGAUUCAGCUGCCUACGCCGCAUCCAGCACCAAGCUUGGACGUCACUAUUCCACCAUCCUCGAUAUCUCUCCCCACCGAUCCCAAUUCUCGACUUCGAAGCCGCUUGGCCCUGGACACCUAUUCGUCGCCCGUUAAUCAAAACGGCAGUUUCGAGUUCGACCGUGUUGUGAAGAGCGGCUACCUGCAGAAGCGCACGCAGAAGACAAAGACUUGGAAGUCAAUUUACUUCGUCCUCCGACCCAAUUCACUCUCAAUUUACCGAUCCGACAAGGAGGACAAGCUGCGACACAAGCUGUACCUUGCCGACUUGACCGCUGUUGCUUUGCUCAAGGACCCCAAGAACAAGAGAAAGAACGUGUUUGGACUCUUCUCGCCAGCGAGGAACUACCACUUCCAGGCUAGCAGUAGCCACGAUGCAGAGGAAUGGGUGGAUUUGAUUAGGAGUCAUGCCCGCAUUGAAGAGGAACAUGAUGAGCUGCUCCUUGCCAGCCCGAAUGGCAAGCGGCAAUCCUACCUUGUGGUUGGCAGAUCCGCUCAGGCUGGAGACAUGGCACGAACCGAAAGGCUUGGAUCAAGCUCUCCCGAGCCGCUGGAACCUCCAGUGCCGCGCUUUGUUGGCUCAACCCAUCGACGUCCAUCGCAGAUGGCGGAUACCGCUGGGUACUCUGGCAACGAACUCGCCUCGCAUUCAGACUUCUCGGACAACGAGAUUCAAAGGAUACAGGGCAUGUCCAUUGAGGACCUGGCGGUCCAGUCGCCAGGCAAAGGCACCCAGGAACGGCCAGGUCUUGACCGUAAUGCGAGCCAACUCAGCGGUCUCAAUAUUGAGCAAGAUCCGGAUCGCGUCAUCUGGCAGGGCUGGCUGUGGUUCCUCCGCAGCAAGGGCGGCGUGAAGCAAUGGAAGAACCUUUGGGGUGUGCUCCGGCCAAGAAAUUUUAUUCUCUACAAGGACGAGUCCGAGUACACGGCGCAGUUUAUUCGACCAAUGUCGGCAAUAGUUAAUGUGGUUGACAUUGACCCGGUCAGCAAGACCAAGAAGCACUGUCUGCAGCUCAUUACAGAGGAAAAGAGCUAUCGAUUCUGCGCCCACGACGAAGAAUCUUUGAUUCAUUGCCUUGGCGCAUUCAAGAGCUUGUUCGCCAAGAGACGAGAGCUCGAGACGCGGGGUCCUACAGCAGGAAACCAGCCCACUACCAAUGCGGCAUGAAGCUGCAUGUCAUUACUAGGCAACCCACACGAUUUUCUUUUUUAGCGGGAGUUUUGCCAUAGCCUUUUUUCUUUCUUUUGUUUACGAAGCAUGACGCAACGAUAUUUAUUUGGGACUCUACAGAGUCGAGGAGGCGGAGGAAAAUGCUUGCUAAUAGCUUUUGCUAUUCAGCUGCAGGUCCGGUCAAGUGUCGAAAGGACGACGACUCGGGCACUGGUGCAUUUCUUGGGAGAACGAGAUGGAAAAGCCAGGCUACUCUGGGGGAAAAGAAGCCUACCAACCAACCGCUUUGUUUCAGUAUACCCUACCUUAGUGUGAUACUAUGGGCAGACUUUGACUGCUGGCCUUCUCAAUAUGAGGAGGCGGGUUACGAGUGACGAUAAUAAUGAAUACAUAUUCUACUGCAU